AUGGCGGGUGGACUAAAAAUGGGCGCCUUGCGACUGCUCUGUCUGUUGCAGAUUUUGCUCCUCUUGUCCACACCGCUCCAGCCGCUCCAGCCGUUCCAGUUACUUCAAUCGUUGGUGUCGCCAAUUGUUGGCGUAUCCGCAAAGGUAACCGUCGGCAAUCAGGCGAAGGACGAUUUUUUACUAAAAACUUUAGCAAUAGAUAAGAAGAAACUGGACCCCUCCUACUUUGAAAAAUAUGAUAACUUAAAAUGGGAGGGAAAAAUAAUUGCCAUAGGGGAUAUUCAUGGAGAUAUGGAAAGUUUGAAGCUUAUUUUAAGACAUGCAAAUUUAAUAAACGAAAAUGAUGAAUGGAUUGCAGAAAAUGUAUUGCUAGUUCAGGUAGGAGAUGUACUGGACAGAGGGAUUUAUGGCCCAUUAAUCUAUAAUUAUCUAUUUAAGUUACAGAAAGAAGCACCUUUGAAAAAAAGCAAAGUUCUAUUAAUCAUGGGAAAUCACGAACAACUAAAUAUGUGCGGAUAUUUCAAUUACGUAAAUCAGAAAGAAGUGGAAAUAUUUUUUAAAAAUAAUUUCAACUACAGAUUAUUCCAUUUUGUGUCCACUGCAGGGGAAUAUUUCAAAAAGUUAAUUCGUCUACCAGUAAUUGCUAAAGUGAAUGACAUUCUAUUUGUUCACGCGGGGAUAAGCAAGCAGAUUUCCUCACUUAGCUUACAAACCAUACGUUUAAAGACCAGGCUACAAAUUGAGAACAUGUGUAAAAUACUCAGUUACGAUAAAUCCAGGGACUACGUAAAUAGGGAGGGUGUCCUUUGGUAUGAUCAUGUUUCACGCACAGCUCCAUACGAUGAAAAACAAGCCUGCGCAAUUUUAUCGCACGUUUUUAACAAAUACGGGGCCAAACAUUUAGUCGUAGGGCACACUAAACAAAUGACACAUGAAAUUAGCACGUACUGCAAUGGUGGUCUUUUUCUCAUCGACACGGGGAUGAGCCUUUUCAUGAACAACGGACAGCCAUAUCCAAACUACCUUGUUGCGGAGAAUGGGAUAUUCAAAUCAGUUCACUUAAAUGUUGAAGUAAAUAAGAAGAGCAAAUAUUGCGAUUCGUUGGAGAUAGAAUUGAGGAGCCCAAACAAACAGAGCUUCUGUAUACACGCGAAGGAAACACUUCUCUCUCCCCCGAAUGGAGGCUGA